GCAAAAUAAUUGAGUGGAGAAAUUUAGUUUGAAGUGAGCUUCUGGGCAAGAAAGACUAUCCAACUGCACCUUUAAUAUGGAUUCCUCAAAAAAUAUGGGCCUGGCUCUUAUCCAGAUGUACAGCACAGCGGAUAAGAUGCAGAAUCUGCAUCAUGCUGGAGAAUUAAUCCGUGAGGCUGUGGCUAAAUACAAUCCUCAUAUUGUUUGCCUUCCGGAAUUUUUCAAUGCUCCCUACGACACUAAACUCUUCCGCACUUACGCUGAGCCCAUUCCUGAAGGCAUCACCAGUAACUUCCUUGCAAAUUUAGCUCAGGAGCUGAAUAUUCACAUUGUUGGAGGGUCAAUUCCUGAAAUUGACGAGGAGAAACUCUACAAUACUUGCACUUUCUGGUCCCCUCGUGGGAGCCUUGUAGUCAAGCACAGGAAAGUUCAUUUGUUCGAUGUUAAUGUACCAGAAGUGAUAACAUUCAAGGAAUCCUCAGUUCUGACUCCAGGAGAAUUCCUCACAAUCGCGAAAGUUGAGCCAGCGUGCAUUGGCUUUGGCAUCUGCUUCGACAUUCAAUUCCCAGAGAUGUGGAUGAAAUAUCGUGAAAGAGGAUGCAAUAUCAUGAUAAUCCCAUCGGCAUUCCCUGUAAAGUACGGAGAUAUGUACUGGGAGCUGUAUCUGCGAGCCAGGGCAGUCGAUUCGCAAAGCUUCGUAACCAUGAUCUCACCAGCUCGAAACGUGGAUGCUGGUUACGUAUCUCAUGGACAUUCAAUGAUUGUCGAUCCUUAUGGAAAGGUCAUCAAAUCAGCCAAAGAAGACGAAGAAAUUAUCUACGUUGAUCUUGAUUUCUCUCUGGUGGACAAAGCACGGAAUGAGAUCAAAUCAUUUGAGAUGCGCAGACCGGAUAUGUUUGAGCUGGUCCUCAAAUCAGUGGAAUAGGGCGAUUAGCUGUACUGCAAUAAGCUUGAACUGAACCAGAAAAGAAACAGUGCAUUGAUUUCCUAACAGUUUGCUUAAUAAUGCUUUUUAUCAGGCCAGUUAUCGGUUUGAUAUUAA